AUGCAUGUUUUACAUUUACUUGUAUUAAUCAUUUCAAUCGAAGUAUCCAAUACGCACUACUCUCUCUAUCAUUCCGAUCAAGUUUUAUCGGCUGAACUUGGCUUCGACUGUCUCUAUGCUCAUUUAACGGAUAACGAAGCAUACGAUGAUAUUCGUACUGAUACGACGUAUCAUUUAAUACCGUAUUGUCGAAGACCGACUGAACACGAGCAAGACGACGAAGAAAACACAACACUCUUAUUUAACAACACAUAUAAUAGCAUGACAUACGCGGAUUUACGUCAGAAUGGUGUAACAACGGAAGAGUUACUUAAUUGGUCAGCUCCUAUUGAUCUUGUUGAACGAUAUGCAAUCAACGCGACAGAUAAAACGAUUGUAUUUUACAAUUGUUCAUCGCCUUGGUUCGGAUCCCGUUGUCAAUACAAAUUCGACAGCGAAGUUUCACUAUCGUUUGAUCAAAUUCUUCGAUUAAAUUUUCUUACACGGACCAGAAUUACAGAUACUUUACCAGAUUUUAAUCUUGGCACAUGCUAUCCAUUUUUGCCGACGUGCUCUUAUAAAUUGUCACGAAUGUGUCUUGAUUGGCGUGAGAUUUGCGAUGGAAAAUAUGAUUGCAUCAACGGUGAGGAUGAACAAAAUUGUCAAACUAUGGAAACAAAUGAAUGUCCUGACAAUACGUAUCGAUGUCAUUAUGGCGGACAAUGCAUUCCCUUAGCAUUUGUGCGAGAUAAACAUAACCAUAUAGAUUGUCUCGAUGGUACGGAUGAAACUCUAAUAAUCGAACAAAUGAAAACUAUAUUCGGCACCUUCUGCUUCACAAUUCCGACAUUUCAAUGCGAAGAACAUACAAGUCGUUAUCAAUAUUCUUUUCAAUGCGGUGAUGGACAUUAUUAUCCUUUUCAUUCGAAGAGUCGAACUGAUAUGAGUUGUGACAAUGGUCGAUACUUAAACUUGAAAUUAUCUCGAAAUCAUACUUUUACAAAUAUUUCCCAUGAAUCUUGGAACCAACUAACAGAAUCGAUAUUGCAGUCUAAUAUGCACAUUUGGAAUCAAAUAUUGUCGAGUUCAGAGUCCAUGUAUACAGUCAUUUCUUGCAAGACUUCGUGCAUAGCUAAACGGCUCUUCAAAAUACAAAUGUACACCACUCAUUCGAUAUUUCAUUUCAUCUAUUUACCGAAUCGAACAUUUUAUGAUUUCUAUCAUCAUCUGCGACCUGAUUUCAUUUGUUUUUACCCGCAGGAUUGCUUACACCUAGCUAGAGAUGCUAUCGACAUUGGUUUACAUAAUGGACUGGUAUGUUAUCCUGCGAACGUUAUUACGAACGAGUCGUUAUCCAAUGAAACACAACUACGAAAAGCUCUCGAUCAGCUGUUUUAUCACUGUGUGACUACAGGGAUCGAACAGAACUGUUCGCACCCAUCCCUGUUUCAUUGUCCUAUUUCAUUGAAAUGUAUUUCUAAACAUCGGCUCGUUGAUGGUAUUACUGAUUGUUAUUAUAAUGAAGAUGAACUGGCCGAUAGUUGCCAAUUGAAUCACUCACAACGAUUUAUUUGUUCAUCGAAACCGAAUAAGUGUUUAGCGCCUAUUGCUUUGUACAAUCGAAAGAAUGAGUGUCAAGACAAAGAAGAUGAAAUGGAUGAAACUCAACGGAAUAUUAUCAAAGGAUAUGUACCAGUCGGUCUUUUAUGUGACGGCACCACAGAAAAUUUAUUGGAGCAUGCAAAUGAAACUGAUGAAACCAAUUGUGAAUAUUGGCCAUGUAAUAAUCCUUAUACGCGCUGCGAUGGAGUUGCAAAUUGUCCUGAUGGUACGGAUGAACUCAAUUGUCCUCGAUUAGAAUACACUGUACGCAAAGAUUCGUGCUCGAAAACAAUUGUUACGAAUUUAUUUUGUGAACGUGCGAUGCGCUCGAUUGCGCAGAAGUUCGAUAGUAAAAUUGUUUAUCCUAACAAGCGCAACACAACCCAAGGAAACAUUACUGAAUGUUCAAGAACGCCACAAUGUUUUUCUAUCUCACAGAUAUGUCAACUCGACAUACUAAAUGCGGCUUUUGAUCAAUUCUGUCGUACAUUUAGUAAACUGACCUGUUUGAUCGAACUGUUUUAUUGGAAGCCAAUCAUGCGAGCGAAUAUUUGCCAUUUUAGCUUACAAUCAGCCAUACGAGACGAUCAAGCACGAUUCGAAUUUACAUCGUCACAACUAGGCUUUUUUCCAUUCGUUUCAUCUGAGCUACUUCGGUUGAAUAACUCUAAUGCGAAAACAGCGACCGACGUCAAGACAUUAACGAAAACUGAUAAAAACUGGUAUUGCAAUCGAGGAAUUCUUGUUUUCUACAAAACUAAUUACACCAAAACAUGUCUAUGUCCACCAUCCUAUUACGGUAAGCGAUGCCAAUGGCAAAAUCAACGUAUUAGCUUAACGCUGCAAUUCAUCUAUCGAACCAAUACAUCCAAUGCGGGCUCAAUAUUUCAAUUGGUUAUUACGUUGAUUGACCAACAAAAAUAUGUCACAUCUUAUCACGAACAAAUUCUUUACAUUCCUGAGGAGAACUGUGACACAAAGUUUAAUAUCUAUCUACUAUAUCCGACUAAACCAAAGAAUCGCUCGGCUAAUUAUUCGAUUCAUAUUGAUAUAUUUGAUAAACUAACCUUGGCAUAUUAUGGAAGUUGGUCUUUGUCAAUUCCAUUUCAGUUUUUACCUGUUAAUCGUAUUGCUACUCAAAUAUCGAUUCCCAACACGCCGAUGAUUCCACAGAAAUCAUGUCCAUUAGCUUGCGGUCACCACGGUCGAUGCGUCGAAUACUUAAAUAAGAAGAACUCGUACUUUUGCCAAUGUCAACAAGGAUACUCUGGUGCACACUGUCACAUUCAACACAAUUGUUCAUGUUCAUCCGAGUCGCUGUGUCUCUCGUCGUCGAUUUGUGUUUGCCCAUUGAAUAAAUUCGGUUCGAAAUGCUAUUUAAACCAUUCGAUUUGUCAACAAACCAAUAAUCCUUGUAAAAACAAUGGCCUUUGCGUUCCCGUCGACGAUCGCAUGGGUUUACAGAAGUUCUUUUGCUUAUGCCCUGAUGGUUUCUAUGGCAAAACAUGUCAAUACAAUCAAAACCGUAUUGACAUCUACUUCGAUCCGAACAAAAUCCAUAUGACGCCAUUCAUAUCUGCGCAUUUCAUUCGCGCAUCGGAAAGUGAUAAUCGUCAGUAUACCACAGUAUUGAAAAAAGUUCACAUACAACAAAAUCUUCUAACUCUUUAUAUGACAUUUCCAUUUCAUUUGAUUUUCAUUGAACUAGUCGACCAUAAAUUCUAUUUAGCUGUGGUACGCGAGACAUUCUUCGAAUCCGAACAUAUCCAAGUGAGUAUUCUCUCCGAUCAACAAUGUUAUCAUAUUAAUCAGAUCAUGAACAAAACAUUGCUUCAGUAUCCAUUUCUUCGUCGGACGAAAUAUUACUCUCUGCUAUGUCAACAAAACUCUCAACUGAAGUGUUUUCACGAUGAAUAUCAAAUGUGCAUUUGUGAUCGAUAUCGUUUUUCGAAUUGCUUCGCAUUUAAUAUCUCGUCGAUCUCCUACGAUUGCCAAGGCGCGAAUAUCUGCGAAAACAAUGGCUUUUGUUUACAAGACAAUCCAACAUGUCCUACACGAUCGAUAUGCAUUUGUCAGCAGUGUUACUACGGUACAAAGUGUCAAUUUUCAAGCAGAGGCUUCGUUUCAUCGCUUGAUUACAUUCUCGGGUAUCAUAUUGUUCCCCAUCGAUCAAUUCAUCAACAAUCAUUUAUUAUUAAAAUGACUAUUGUCAUCACAUCACUCAUGCUGUGUCUUGGAUUGAUCAAUGGAUUCCUGUCGGUUAUGGCCUAUGAGAUCCAAGAAAUAAAAAGUAUUGGUUGCGGUUCAUACUUAUUGAUAUCAUCAUGGAACUCGAUAUGUCUGAUUAUAAUGUUAGUUAUCAAAUGUUGGCAUUUGUUUCUAUCCCAAAUAUCGGUGUUAAGCAAUCGUUCGUAUUUGAAAUUUAGUUGUGUGUCGUUGGAUUUCAUUCUUAAUAUUCUCAUUGCUACCAAUGAUUGGUUCGGCGGAUGUAUAUCGAUUGAACAAGUAUUUGUUACAUAUAAAGGCGCGAAUUUCAAUCAAAAUCAGAGCAAAAAAUUAGCAAAACGUAUUAUUUUUGGAAUAUACAUUUUAACAGUUCUAACUAAUGUCCAUGAUCCAUUCUACCGUCAAUUAAUCGAUGAUGUCGAUAUUGAUGAACAACGAACAUGGUGUAUCGUUCAAUAUUCACCAACAGCUGAUACUUAUAGCACAAUCAUUACAUUUUUUCAUUUUCUUAUUCCUUUCGCGAUGAAUUUCUUCUCGACUACAUAUAUCAUCGUUCUCAUGGCGCAUUCGCGUACAACAACACAACCGCGAACAACACUGCGAACGAAUCUACGUGAGCAAUUUCGUCACCACAAACACAAUUUGAUUGCAUCCUGUGCAUUGUUGCUAUUAGCUUUACCGCGCUUGAUUAUCUCGUUUGUCAGCCGAUGUAUGAAAUCAUCGCAAAAUCCAUCGUUGUUUCUCAUCGGCUAUCUCGUUUCAUUCAUCCCAUCGAUGAUGACACUUACCAUCUUCAUCAUGUCAGCAGACGGCUACAAAGAAGAAUUCUAUUCAGUUAUUCGACGAGUUUUUAUAAGAUUUCAUCGCAUGAGAGUCGGAGUCAUGAGUUAG